AAAUAAAAUGCCGAAUUGUGGAAAAUACAAGAUCAAGAAGAAAUUAGGUGGAGGCGCUUUUGGACAAGUAUUUCUGUCAAAGAAUGAGGAGACCUCCAAACAUGUUGCCAUAAAAAUAAUUAAACCAGAAGUAUUGGAGAAGGGAACUAUUGAUAUGAUAGCUAAGGAAGUCAAUAUUUUAAUGGAACUAGACCAUCCCAACAUCACCCGACUAUUAGAAGCAGGUUUUAUGGACUUAUCUUCUCGUGGAAAAUCCAAUGAAGUCUAUUGAAUUGCACUUGAACUUGCUAGAGGAGGCGAACUCUUUGAUUUUAUCUCAAUUUCUGGAGCUUUUGAUGAAGAUAUCUGAAGAUACUACUUCCUCCAAUUAUUAGAUGGAAUUGAACACCUCCAUAACAAAGGAAUUAGUCAUAGAGAUUUGAAAACUGAAAAUAUCCUUUUAGACAAGCAUUAUAAACUUAAAAUUGCCGAUUUUGGAUUCAGCACUACGAAAUCUACUAAUAGUACAAGGGUUGGUACAAGUGGAUACAUGCCACCAGAAUUUUAUUACAAGAAGACCUACAGUGCCCAAGCUGCUGAUAUAUAUGGGAUUGGUUUGAUUCUGUUCAUCAUGCGUUCUCAGUGUAGACCUUACUUAAACGCAAAGGUGGAUGACGCUCAGUACAAAUAUAUUCAUAGGAACACACCGGAUGCAUUUUGGAAGUAUUAUACAAAAAGGAAGGGAAAAGACUAUUUCUCAGAAGAAUUUAAAAGCCUUUUGAAUAGUCUCUUAUGCUUCAAUCCUUGCCACCGACUCUCUAUCUCAGAGAUCAGAGAGCAUCCUUGGACUAUGGGGCCAGUUGCAACUAGUGAAGAAGUUAAAGAAGAGUUUAGUAGAAGGAAAAUGGAAUUAGAUGAAGAAAUGAAGAAACAGAAAGCAAAAGACCCAAAAGCCACAACUUUUGACAUGUCCCUUAUAGAAGGAAGAAGUGUGCAUAGAGGUGUUAGAGACGAAGAUGAUGAAGAAAACUUAGAGGUUUAUAUGAGAGAAGAGCAAGAAUAUGAGGAUGAGAUGGAGAAUUAUCACUCUUUCUUCUCAACUUCCAAUUUAGAAGAUCUUUGGGGAGUUUUGUGAGAAUAUGUAAUAACUGAGUCUGGAGGCAAAGCUACCUUUUCAAGCAACGAAUAUAGCGUGUCUACUGAGAUUGUUGAUACAGAUGAAGAAGAAAAAGAAAGACUUAGUACAGAUGAACCUUCACUAAAUGCUGGAGAAUAUAUGGUGCACAUCCUGAAAGUACCAGAUCAGGAAAAGCAUUAUGUCGAAGGCAUAUUACUUGAAGGAGAUAAGUUCAAAUUUACAGAAAAUUUCAACCAACUCAAGCAGUACUUUGGUGGUCACAUUAACGCCACUCUGGCAGAUUAGAAUCAAGAGUAUAUUGUGAUAAAAAUUUCCUUAAAAUUAUGUUUUUGUAGGUGAAAACUCAUCAA